AUGCGAUCUCGCCGCUCAAGUAUGGCUGCGGCCGAGCAGCAGCCUUCCACAGCUGCUGACGUCGCCGUCCCCAUCGACAUCAACCUUCCCGGCCGCAACAGCGCUAGCAACAGCGCCAACAACAGCCAGGUCGACCUCACAGGACACCAGAUCUAUCUGCCAGAACAUGCUACUGGUGACUCUUCCUUGCAAGGCGGCAUGUACGAGCUACACCAGGUCCAGCCUCACGAGCACGCAAACUCCGGUGAAGUCGUCAGGGACGUCAAGACCGGCAAGCAUUACAAGAAGCGGCCUGUAGCCAAGCCCGCUUACUCUCUCGGUCACACCACUGGUGCUCCCACCGUCUCAGCUGCUAGCGUUCGUACUACUGGUCGAAUCGGUCUUGGUCACGCUUUCCCAACUGAAGAGCAGAACAGGCAGUACAAGGCAGAGAAGGUGGCUCGCAGGUCCAACAAUGGUUCCGGUACCAGGUCACCCUCUGUCGCUGGCGCCAGCGUGAAUGGUCACCGUGCUUCUAUGGAUGUCAACACACUUGAAGGCAGGGCUCAGCUUUUCCAGCAGCUUCGUGAGGUCAUCCACGACGAGUUUGCCAAGGCAAACAAGGGUCAGAGCGAAGAGCUGAGGAAACACGUGCAUCAGGCAAAUCUCGAACAGCAACAGCGCUUCGAAGAUCACAUCGAGGAUGUCAAAGAGAUCAUUGCCACUGAGCAACCUCUUUCGGAGGAUGGCGUCGACUCUGACGGCUCGGUCUUCAAGAAGUCUAAGGGUCCCGACUCUAGCGAGACUGCCAUCGCCACCACCGACGAUGACAAGGCGCUCUCUUACGAGAGGAAGAACAGCGAGGGUACUCGCGUCAUCGACGGCCAAAUUACUGCCAUCAAGGAUCCCCAGCCUGCCGAACGCGGCUACCGAGAUGAAGGAGACGAGAGCGACGAUGAAUACGAGUUUCCCAACAAGUGGGCUGCCAUCCGAUACAAGCUGCGCGAGCCAUUCGCAGAGUUCCUAGGCUGCUUCAUGCUCAUGGUCUUUGGAAACGGUAUCAACUGUCAGGUCAGCGUCUCGAAGCUCUACGAUCCUAGUGCUCCUAAGGGUGACUACCUCUCGAUCUCGUUCGGAUGGGGUGUCGGUGUCGCCAUGGGUGUCUGGGUUGCAGGUGGUAUCUCUGGUGGUAUGAUCAACCCAGCUGUCACCCUCGCACUUGCGAUCUUCCGCAAGUUUCCUUGGAAGAAGGUGCCAAUCUACAUCUUCGCUCAGAUCCUCGGCUGUCUGGUCGGCUCGUUGUGCAUCUACGGUCUCUACGUCAACCCUAUCCGUGCCGUCGAUCCUAACCAGACCGAGACCACCGCAGCGCUCUUCACCACCUACCCUGCCGAAUUCCUUCGCUCACCCACAACCCGCAUGAGCGCGUUCUACAACGAGUUCUUCACCUCCGCCAUUUUGCUCAUUGUCAUUCUCGCCAUCGGUGAUUCGUCCAACACGCCUCCACCCGAUGGUAUGGCACCUUUGGUUCUCCUCUGGUUGAUCUGGGGUCUCGGUGCUUGUCUCGGCUGGCAGACUGCUUAUGCGGUCAACCCCGCUCGAGACUUGGGUCCUCGAUUGAUGCUGUACAUUGUCGGAUACUCGCCCAAGAUCCUCUGGACCUUCAACGCGUGGUACUGGCUCUGGACGCCCAUCAUCGCAGUGUGCUCCGGUGCCAUUAUGGGUUGCAUCAUCUACGACACACUCUGCUACACCGGUGGCGAUUCGCCUCUCAACAUCAAGUCGAAGAGGGGCGCUCCAGCAUUUGGACCAGGAUCGAAGGAGAAGAUGCCGGCCGCUCUCAGUGAAGCUUAA